AUGCCUUGUAAAGGCGAAGAACUGUGCGAAGAAGGUUCUCCGGAUGUUAUUCACAACGACGAGAAUGGUCAUUCGAAUGGUGUAACUAUUAAGAGAGAACCUGUCGACGUUCCCGUUGCUUUGCGACCAACACAACCGAUGGCGAUUCCAGGGUCCGAGCCGACUCCAACCUCGUUGGAUGAAACAUUGAGCAGUUUUGUGGAUAUGAGCAUCAGAAACUUGAGUUCGAAUGAAAACGGAUCGCUGCGAUCAACGGAAUCGGAGAAGAAGCCAAAGGUCAAUGGAGAUGCUCAUGCUGAGAUGAUCAACAAUGUGAGUUUUAUUUUUUUAAAUAACUAGUUUGAAAACAUUAAAUUUUAUUAUUUUCAUAUUAAAAUAAGAGACCUGUCAUGUUGUAUUGUUUGAGGCCAAAGCUGCUCUAAACUGGGGAGCCGUCAACGUUUUGCCCGGAGAAGAGCUAAAGCCAGAACACACCUGGGACAUGGCGCUGGUACGGGUAUUUAUGUCCAACUACAGAGUUAUAAUAAUUACCUACAACAAACAAGGAGUCACCUCGAUCCCUAACAAUUGCAUUGACUUGAUCGAGAUUACUAACGAUGACAUUCUGAAGCUGAUGCUACGGGAUGGAAGAAUAUUCAAGUAGGUGUCUGUGCUCUUUUACUGCAGAUUUUUGUGCUUGUUUACAUGUGUAGAGUUAGCUUUUAAUGAAAUAAAUUUCAGCUUCAAAGCAGGAGCGGCAGAUGUAGCGUGUCAUUUCUACAAAACGAUCACUCCUUUAACUUGUGGUGGUCGACGCAUUGAGGAUUCAUUUGCUUAUCGAUUCGCCGCAGCUUGCCAAGAAAAGAGGCCAAGUUUUUUGAGGAAGAACUUGUGGCACCACGAUAUGUCAUUUGGGAAUGUAAGCAAAGAAUUUAAUCAUUGUGGAUACAACGAUGAAUGGAGGGUGACCAAGAUAAACGAAGAUUUCUCGUAAGUUGUUUUCCAUUUUAAUUUUAAGUAUUAGAUUUUUAGUUAUAUUAGAUUUUAAAAUUUGGAGCUUAUGUUUUUGCCACCUAACUAAUAGUAUAAUACCUUGCUAACUUAUCUUUUAAUAUUCUGCUCAAUUUUAGAAUCUGCGCAUCAUAUCCUCAGUUCUUAGUAGUUCCGUCUGCUACAGAAGAUCAAGAGUUCUUGGAUUACAAACGUGGUCGAUUUUUCGACCGUUUUCCCACGGCUGUCUGGAGGUGCAAAAAGAAUGGCGCGGUCAUGCUGAGAAGUGCGCAGCCUGAAACGAGCUUCUUUGGUGCUGUUCCAGAAGGAGACGUGAAGCUUUGCGACACUAUUAGAGCCGCUUGCUUCAAAGACAAACCAGAACACAAACGAAAGAUGUACGUUGUCGAUGCCAGGUCAUAUACAGCAGCAUGGGCAAACCGAGCGAAAGGCGGGGGUUUCGAAAGUGGAGGUUAGUUUUUAAAUUUUAAACCUAAUUUUGAAGUCAUUUGUGUUAUGUGUUUGUACAAUAUAAAAUAGCGGUAUUUAAUUUUCUAUUAAUUUAAUUAAUUUUCAGAUGCCUACCACAAUGUCGAAAUCAUGUUCUUGGGCCUCCCAAACAUUCAUGCGCUCAGAUAUAGUUUCCAUCAGCUUCGUCAGCUGCUACAUCUUCCAGAAAACAUAAACUUCUACACGGGUCUUCAACAAACAAACUGGUAUCAAUACUUGUACAGCCUCAUAUUGUCGACUCAGAAGUUGGUCAAUGCAUUGUGUAUAGAAGGAGCUUCUUGUCUUGUCCACUGUUCCGAUGGUUGGGACAGAACGUCACAGUUGGUUUCAUUGACUAAAAUGAUCGCCGAUCCGUUUUACCGUACCUUCGAGGGCUUUGAAUACCUAAUCAACAGAGAAUGGGUGGAGUUUGGUCACAAGUUCCACGACCGCAACGGUUUGACACCGGACAACAACGAGAAGGCUCCCGUGUUCUUACAGUUUCUAGAUGCCGUUCAUCAGUAUUGGCUCAAGAAUCCAGACCGUUUUGAGUUCAACCAACGUUAUUUGGUAAGAUUUAAAGAGUUGGAAGAUUACUUUAUUGUUAGGGCUAUAAAGUUUUAACAUGGUUUUCUUUUUCAGAUGAAGCUUGCUCAACAUCAUCACUCGGCUCUUUUCGGAACCUUCAUCUUCAACAACUUCCAAGAAUCAUUCAAUGGUCACAUUUGCAACGCCAACAAUUCUUUCAUGGCACCGUUCCAGGUCGGGUCUCCAGAUGACGAGAGCAUCGAGAAUCUGGGCAAAACCCCCAUGUUGUCAGUGUUCGAUUACCUCGGCAAACACAACUCUUGCUUCAUCAACCCAGUAUACGAUGUCAGCAAGAAGGGCAGGUUAUUGUGUCCCAAGGGAAUGUGGGAGUUACAUGUCUGGAGAGAAGUUUACUGUUGCACUGAUGUCGAAGCUGUCAUCAACAGUCCAGAACGAGCUACGGAGACAUUGAGUGUGGAAGAGAAUGCAAGGCCUUCUGGCAUGUCAAGAAGUCAGUCGGCAGCGAGCUUGAACUCGUUGGAACAAGCGAAUGGACAUUUUGUGUAAGAAUAAUAAAUAUCAUUUAUUCUAUUGUAUGAAAUCUGGUAAAGAUAACGCAAUUUAUUGCAAAAAAUAUUUUUAGGACACAUGGUCCCCCAUUGAAUACACCUUCAGCGUCACAACCUGCUCCAGUGUCCUCAACUCCCAACUCGUAUGUUCCGCCAACUCUACCUGUGGUAGCGUCUUUUUUCUCGAGAUUUGAACAUCUGAGCUGGAAACAUUACUUGGAUGUGGAUGGUCUCUCGAGAGUACCCAUCACCUACGAAGACAGAUUUGUUGAUCUCCACAGGCAACAUCAAGUAAGCUUUUGAUUGUUAUGCUAUUACGACAUUAGUCUUGUGUAUUUGUAAAGAUGGUUAUUCAAUUCUGAUUUCAGAACCAUGAGAACGCUCACCGCAUCUCAGAAUCAAGUUCUUCGGGCCGUGAAUCCUUAAAGACCGAGAAUAAUCAAGUAAGACUCCAUAGAUAAUGUUCAAAGAUGUUUAGGUGUUAAGGAGACGCAUCGAGAGCAACGACAGCACCAUGAGCUUCGACAUGUGUGAAGAGGACUACUCUGGUCGUCGGAAGCGUGAUUCCCAGUCUUCGAACCUUCUCUUCCAGGUCGAUAUGAACACAACGUCCCACUUCGACUCGUUGAACGAGGAAGAUACACGGAAAUGCGACUACUGGUAAGAAAUCAGUAUUUUUUAGACUGUUUAGUUUUAUAUUAACAUUGAAGUCUGCAGUAUAACAUUUUACUAAACCAUUCCGUAUUUUAGUAACACAAACGUGACGAUGGAGUCCAACUCAACGAUGACGUUGUCGAGCUCCACUCUCAUUAACGGAUCAAAUAACCUAACCACCUCCACUGCAACCAAGGUCCGCGUCACUUGUGCACGAUGUGCAGCUAACAGGGUGCCGAUCCACUCGCCCAGCAGCAGUAGAAUGGUGGUUAGCUGA